AUGGCUGGAGACGAAUCCCAAGAUGACCUGGCUGCGCUCUCAGCUCUCGAUUCUGAGGCUGCAGAAUUCAAGAAGGAUACUGAGAUUGAUCGAAUCCUGCGAGCAUUCAGACUAGAUGCCUACGCCGUAAUGGACCUUCAACCCGGCGUUCCAGAGUCAGACAUCAAGAAGACAUAUCGCACAAAGUCCAUCCUCAUCCACCCCGAUAAAACCAAGAAUCCCCGCGCCCCUGAAGCAUUCGACCGUCUAAAAAAGGCCGAAACAGAAUUACGGGACGAGAAGCACCGCGAAAGAUUAGACGAAGCCAUUGCCGACGCCCGAAUGCUACUCAUCCGCGAAAACAAAUGGAACGUGGACAGCCCCGAGCUCCAAACAGACGACUUCAAAAAGAAGUGGCGCGAAAAGUCAAAAGAGGUGCUGAUUGACAACGAGCAUCGCCGCAGACGACAGAUGAAGGCGCAGAUGCAGGAAGAGGGUCGCGAGCAGCGCAAACAAGACGCCGAGCUGGAGGAGAGGAAGCGCAAGAGGCAGCAUGAGCAGGAUUGGGAGUCUACGCGAGAUGAGAGGAUUAGUAGCUGGCGAACGUUUCAGAAGGGAAAGUCUAGCGCUGAUGGGGAGAAGAAGAAAAAGAAGAAGCUGAAGCCUAUUGGAUGA